AUGCCUAUCCAAUGGGUAGAUACUCGGGAUAAUUCCAUCAUGACACUCCCAAGACUGAUAAAAUCCUAUAUCGACAAAGAAGACCCAUCAUGCGCCAUACAUCACAUGUUGUAUCUAGCCGAACGCCUCCUCCUGUCCAAUCACCUCACUGAGGGCCAUUUGAUUGCCUCAGCAGUAUUCAGACUGAUAGAGGACUUCGAAACUACCGCCAAGGGCGAGCGGCUAGACCAUCAUAUCUACGUCCCAAACACUUUCGAAACCUUCUGGUAUUUGCACAAAUCAACCUUUCCCCGCCCGCAGAGGGUACCACCUUGGUGUCCAAUUCCUUCCGAAGGAUGGCUAGCUAAAGAGCAAUGGGAAAAAUACCGAGAAUGCACCCGUACAGGCUGGAUGCUGGAACACCUGGGACUCGCCGAGCCCAAGAAUCCACUUUCCAUCUGGCGUGAGACCGACGACCCAGCGAUGCUGGCGAUGUGUGCGCGACUGCUUGCGAAAACAACCACGCCGGGUACUUAUCCACCAGAGAAUUUAGCACGUGAGGCGCUUGGGGCUGCCCAGAAACUCUAUUCAAUCCCGGAAGUGCUAAAUGGUGAGAGUGGCAAGAAGCCAGACGAUAAAAGAAAACAUUCGUUAUUGGUGUACCCACGAUUGGCUAUCGAGCUUGCGAUCCGCGUAGGUGAACUGCAGACCGCCGCGGAUAUACUUGGUCAAGAACUGAGACGAGACGAGUCCAAGGCCGGGAACUCUGUGACGGGCUUUUUGAUGGUGCCUGGGAUCUAUGAUGUCUUGCCUUUGUUAGCUCGUGGUGGGAAGGAGAACAAUCCGUUCUUCAUUCCCAAAGAGGAUGCCGUGGUGAUGACGAGGGAGAUUACCGCCGUACUGGAGCUACGAGCUGAGCAUGGAAGACAGUGGGAGUUGGAUCCAUCAAAGGUUGGAUGGAGGGAGUUGUUGGACCGACUUUCCGAGGGAGCGUGGAAAGCGCAUAACAAAGAGUGCCGGGCGAUGGGGUGGAAGGGUCCGAAAGAUUUGUUGUUUGAGCCUGCCACUGAGAAGGAGAUUGCGGAGACAGAAGAACGUUUUGGUGAACUGCCUGCUGAUCUCAAAGAGAUGGUUCGCUUGUCGAAUGGAUUCAAGGGCGGUUGGCACUUCUUUGAAGGUGGCAUGACGGGCAUUCGCGGCAUGACCACGGAUGGACCCGGCUAUACAGACAUUGCAUAUGAUCAUUACGAUGAUGUGUUGGGAGAUUACACUACCCUCGGUAAGCUGAUCGAAAUACCGACUGCCACGACGAAUGAUGGAUUUGAUCAUUUCAUCAUUCUUCCUGGAGCUUGGAAAAAGGCCAUGGAGCUGUCGGGACAAGAUGUUAAAGAAGGUGAAUACCAAUACUGGCAAUGGACGGGUUGGUGGGCAUGCGACAUCUGUCCUUGGGAUUCUGUGCGAGACUAUGUUGCCGACUGCGUAGAACGUGUGGAGGAGAGGAUUGAGAAGGGACAAGAGGAAUAUUGGAAACCAGGCCCGAAUGCGCACUAUCCGGGAGAAGUUGAGACCACCGAGAAAGAGAAUCUUUCCCAAGAUUGA